AUGGAGACAAAUUUUCAGCAGCAUAUGAGUGUUCCCGGCCAACUAACCCCUCAGCAACAGCAGGCAAACUCCCAAGCAGUACAGAUCCAACAGUGUAUAUACAGUGCCCUUCAAUCGCAGCCCGCCGUCCUUUCAGGGUGGCAAGUUAGUCUACUUAUCAAUGAGAGACUAGGACUUAUAUUUAACAUAAUCGGGAAUCUUCGACUCGCUAGUCAACGUCACCCAGGUACUGCCGUUACUAUCCAAAGAAUGAUUGAAAUUGCACUUAAAUUUGAAAGAGAGUGUUUUAUAAACGCAUCUACCAAGGAAGGCUAUAAACUUGAGAUACAAAAUAAAUUGGAGCAUCUACAAGAGAAGCGGAGUCAGCAACAAAUCAACCUUCAAGGUGUUCAUCAGCAACAUGCACAAGCACAACAGAUGUUAAUGAGCCCGAAUGGAAUAAUGGGACAGAGAUCCAUGCAGGCUCAGCCUGGACAACCAAUUUUCUCCCAUCUUCAACAUUCUGCACAAGCACAAGCAUCUAUCUCCGGACAGACAUCUCAACUCAAUCAGAUGGGAAUGCAAGGCCCUAAUAAAGGUCAGGCUCAAAAUUCACCCUUUCAGAUAAUGCAACAGCAGCGUCAGCAACAACAACAGCAGCAGAUACAGCAACAACAGAUACAGCAGCAACAGCGACAGCUACAACAGCAACAGCAACAUCAACAACAACAACAUCAUGCCAACAUCGCUGGAAGGAUUGGCCAUAAGAAUUUCACUCCCCAAGAGAACGCGAUACUAAGCGAGUUAACUACCCGAAUCGCGGGUCAAACAUCAGAAGAUGACAAGAACGAAAUUCGAUCAAGACUUCAAACUACGAUGGACCCCGUCAAAAUGCAGAGAUGUCAAUCUAAGGGAUUAGAUCCCCUAAUGGUUUGGUUUCGUCAAAGAGCCAUUGAAAAACUUCAAAGUAACAGGAACCAACUACUUCAACAACAUCAGCUACAAAUGUCUCAACAAACCCAAAAUGUAUCCACAAACACCACCAUCCCGCAGCAAAGAACCAUGCAAUCCAAUCCCAUUUCUGCAUCAACUCCAAUUAUAAACCUAACAGACUCUAGCUCCGAUUUCUCGAGCUUCUUGGGAAACGUCGAUGUUCCAGUACAACAGCAACAACAAGGUGCAACAUCAAAAACGGAGAGCCAAGUAGCUGUACCAACCAGCGGGGCUCCGCAGACAAAUCCAAGUAACCAGGCAAUUAUGAUGUCAGGAAUGGCCAUGAAUGUCAAUGAUCAGCGUGUGAACCCCGCAAGUCAUAAUACUGGACCUCAGCACCAGCAGCAGAUGUUCAAUGCUCAACAGAUACACAAUAAAAGAGUACAACAGGCAAAAGUGGCUCAACAACAACAACAACAACCAAAGCCUCAAGCUCGGGUAAAUAUGGCAGCCAAGCCACAACAGGUAGCUAUUCAAGGGCAACCUGGAGGAAUUGCUGCUGGCUCUAUGUUAUCGCAGCAAAACUCACCCGCAUCAAAUUUAAAUACGGCAUCUAGGACAUCUUCACAACAAAUAAGUCAAUCUGAACCCCCUGCUCCCACCCCAAACACACAGUUAGGACAGAAUGUGGACUCUCGAUUUGCGCGCAAUAAUCAAAGACAAGCUGGUCCUGUUAAUAAUCAAAAUACAGCUGCAAUGAUUAAUAAUAUGGGAACUCAUCAUAGCUUACCGCCCAGUAAAAUGAGUGAGACAACCAAUAAAUGGCGAACUAGCCCAAAUAUGAGCGGAAGCAUAUCACAGUCUUCAGCUAGCCCACAAGGGAGACCGACACAGCAGACAAUGCCGUCAAAUCAGUAUAAUUUACAAGCACAGAGCAACCAGACCGCCAUCCAACGUCCACAAAACGUCGCACCUAAUAUGACACAUCAACAGCAAAUGAUGCUCUUGCAACAAAUGGCUAACUUGAGAGGACAAGCCGUGUUAGAUCCUCAGCGCAACGUGUCCUCAGCCAUAGCGACAUCUGAAUAUCAAAAACAAAUGCAAAUGGAUGGCGCAGAAAUACCUCCUAUAUUUUCAAAUCAACCAGGUAUGCCCCAAGGAUAUCCACCCGAGAUACGCAAAUGGGGUGAACUUAAACAGUGGGUCGCAAAUAAUCCUAGCAUGGGACCAACUAUGUUGGAGACUAAUACUCCAGAAUACAUGUGUACUCCUGGUCCAAGUGUGUCUGCUCCAGUCGCCCCAAUGGGUCCAACUCCCAAACCAGGACAGAAUGUUGCAAUGAAUACGAUUGCAGGAAUAGUAAGGCAGCCAACUAUGGCAGAAAUACAGUCUCUCCGCAACCAUCCUAGUGGGAAAAUGCUCAAUGCGUCUGACGACCAAAUUCGAAAUAUCUUUAUGAAAACAGCACAACAACAGCGGAUAAUAGCCUCUCAGCAAGCAAGCCGAUUUCCAGCAAGUAAUAGCCAGCAACUUUCCCAACCUGUUGGACAGCAAAAUACGGGCGUUAUCAAUUUAACAGGGCAAAAUAAUACCACACAAGGCUCAAAGCCUAAGCAACUUUCAGACGCUCCUGCUUCAAUCCUCACAUCUCAAACAGCAUCACAACAACUGAAUCCAUCUGCAGUGUCCCGAUCUCAGGCAAAAGUCACUCAACAUAUGGCUCAAACUGCCUCGCCUUCCCAAGCUUCGAAAAAUCUAAAACGUCCUCUUUCUGAUGAACCUCUCGAAUCAUCAAAUCAAGCUUCUCGUAUCCAGCAAGUACCAGUAUCAAAUUCCAAGUCACAAAAACCACGAUUACUGACUCCGCAACAAAUUUCUGGGCUCAACCCUGAACAGCGUAAAAGAUACGAGCAAAUAAUGCGUAAGGCUCAGGCAAGUCAAAUGAAUCGCAGUUUCAGUAAUCCCGAAUCUGAGAAAGUGCAUUUGAUCCAGGAGCAGGUUUCUCAAGAAAAGCAUGAUUCAAACGUAGUGCCCAUGGACGCCGAAACUAAGAUUCAAGCCAAGAACUUGCUCACAAGCCUAAUUUUUCCAACUCAGAACUUGACAAGGGUUAUCGCCAGCUGGUUCAAAAACAGCGGUGAUGAAGAUAGACUACGAACUUUUUUCCGCGUUCGAGCACGACUGGCAUUGCAGUUUCACGCUGGAAAAUUCGAAAAGGACAAACUCAAGGAUGAGUUCAGCAUAUCUAUUCAAGAAAUUGAGUUUGCAAAGAACGCUCUUUACAGAAUGGUAAAUGAUCUCCGUGAGAAAUUUCCACACUUGAAAAAGCAAGAGUCAAACAAAACCCAGCCUACAGGCCAAUCGCAAGGCUCGAUACCAAAUAACUCUACAAUCUCGCAGCAAGUACAAAAAAUGCAAACACAUCAGAGGUCAAGCAGUCGAGGCUCACAUGCACCAACCGCACCUACGCCGUCUCAAGUACUCCUUCACCCCGGCGUAACAUCACCUCAAGGUACGCCUUCAUAUGCGGAUGAGAAGAAAGUUGAUAUGGACCUUCACAUUCCCGCUCGCAAGAAGCAAAAACUAGCACCUGCUCAGGGGCAGGAAUCUCAGUUAUCUACGUCGUCACCGCAGUUAGCAAAAGUAAUCUCUUCUGAUACUAAAAGACAACAGACUGAGGUGGCUCGGCCAACUUUUGUCUGCACAGAACAAGACUGUUCUCGAAAUUGUGUAGGCUUUGAAAAGGAAGAAGAUCUUCAGAAGCACAUGCAUGAAGAGCAUAUUAAGCCGCAUGAGAAUCCAUCCAAGUACGCACAAGAAAACUUGUCCAAAGUACUGGGGUUAGAUUCCAGAGAAUCAAACAAGCUACCCACCGCGUUUCGCGCUACUGAUUUACCUAGUACUGAAUCUAAGUCUGCUUCUGGUAACCCCAAGCAAGGAAUUUCACCACACAUCAAAGCUCCUAGUACUCCUGCUGCUACACCUAUGAUGAAACCGGCCUCAAUCAGCGGUCCACACGGCUCAUCAGAAAAGACAAGCAUAUUUAAACAGACCCUAUACAAAGAGGUUAACAAUAAAGGUCCCUCCUCAACGAAAGAAGCAAUUCCUAGUGAGAAAGUAGCCAACGCGAUAGCCUCAGAUGCAUGGGCUAACACUACCAUUAAUCCUAAUGAUUUAUUUCAGCCAUUUAAGCCGUUUGAAAGCGCUAUCAAUGGAUCGGUCUCAGACAUGAGUUUAUUUCGAGGGAUAACACCGAAUGAUACGCCUGAAUCUAAUAAGGAUGGUAUCUCUGAGCCCACCAGUGAUAUAUCAGACGUCAUAGGCUUUGAUAUGAACCUCGAUCUCUUGAAUCAAUCUUGGGUUCCCUUCGGUCUCCCAGAUGUUGAUGAAAUAAGUGGUCAAACGACGUUAGACUGUGAUAAUGAUGAAGAAUUGGAAAUUUUUGAUGAAGAAAAACCGCUGAUGCUCUACCCGACUUUUGACGACGUAAGUGCAUCAAUGUUUGAUAAGAAUUUUUCGAUAGAUACUUCCAUCUUUUCUUAUGAUGGAAAUUAG